AUGCCAGAAUCUUCGGAGGAGUCACCAUCGAGCAUUUCUGAUGAAGCUCCAAGUGCAAUCUCUUUGAUUUGCAAGUUCCAUAAAGCUUUGGAAGAUGCUUAUAAUGCCAAUUGGAGAAAAGAAAAUGAUUAUAUAUCACCAAGUUGCUUCUUGUAUCUUCUUGACCGCCUACUAAUCCUAGCAUUUAACGUCCAGCGAUUCUUUCUCACAACAAAAUCUUUAACUGUUGAAUGGCUUAUUUAUCAGCAAUGGAUGGCAAACCCAGCUGGCAGUUCUGCAACUGACUUUCAAUCAUCUCUGGCAGCUGUGUAUGACUUUGUGGUCUCCAUAAUUCAGCAGUUUCUUUAUAAUAGACGGGAUACAGAGGAAUGGAUUAAGAAAUCUAAAAUAAAUUUCGAGAACUAUUAUCCACUGCUGGUGACAAGACUGGUUAGUAUUUUGUGUUUAAUUUGUGUGAACUCUGGAAGAUAUUUUGAUAUACUUCCUCAGUUGCUUGGAAGGGGUAACAUUACUUCACAGCUACCAAAGGAACUCUGGCACGUUCUUCAGCGAAUGAGUAAGGACAAUGGAGUAAAUGUAAAUGCAAAUGUGCUUGCAGAAGCAUUCAAAUGGAUUGGAGAUCCUCUCGUGAUUGUGAGUUUGCCCAAUGAAUUGGGAUUUCCCUAUAGGUCCAGGUCAUUUCGGGGCACGCAGAUCAUUUAUGAUGAAAAGGAUGAGCUUCAAGAGAACGAUUCGGAGUUCUUGCAGAGUGGGCUUAUUCCCCAUAUACCGUCAUUGCUUCUUCUCCGGGAAAAGAAGUUCACAACCUGUGUGCCAAUAAAUUGUGCAAACUUCUUCUGUCCUGAUGCCAUUUUGGUGGACAUGGGGGUAACCCAUUGCCGGGAGGAUAUUAUAAGAGUCUUGUUUCCUGGGAACACCAGAGCUCCCCCUGGACAGACUGCUUCUGCUGAAGCAGAUAUGUCUAAUUCUUGCAAGAAAGGAAUUUCUUUGAAUAGCGAGGAUGGAUCGAACGUACUUACUGUGACAUCUUCUAACUUUUCUCCCAUAGAAGAUCAGAACAUGAACACAAAGAAUGAAAAUGAUCAAGACNAGCGAGGAUGGAUCGAACNUGCUUCUGCUGAAGCAGAUAUGUCUAAUUCUUGCAAGAAAGGAAUUUCUUUGAAUGGCGAGGAUGGAUCGAACGUACUUACUGUGACAUCUUCUAACUUUUCUCCCGUAGAAGAUCAGAACAUGAACACAAAGAAUGAAAAUGAUCAAGACAUGANCGAACGUACUUACUGUGACAUCUUCUAA